UUCUUCUUCUUCCCGCAAUCGUUUCCUUAUCGCCUUCCAAGUUCUGGUAGAACGACCCCAAUUUCUUCAACUGAAGACAUCUCCAGGAAGGACCAAACUCAUGACACCAUCAGAUGGUCGAGUUGCAUAUUCUCAGCUUAGCCCUUUGGAUAAUGAUGAGGGAGAUUUCCAAUACAUCAAGAGUGGCACUAGACCUGUCUUUACUGCAAACACUGAAGAUAGCAAGUCCUGUAGCCCAGCUUUGCAUUCAUUCAAAGAGGAAUAUCCUUAUCACUUCACUCCUGACUCAGAUUAUCUUGAUGAUGAGUCCUACUCAAGUGGGAAUUGCACAAAUUCUCUACAACUGAAUCGCCAGCCAGAAGUGAAUUUGAAAAAUGUGUUGAGUGGAAUUUUUUCUAUUCUAAUGGGUAGAAGUAAAGAUACCAGUGAUGUGGAUGAUAGACAAAGUGGUCGUGUAAACGUGUCUUUUCUAGGAUCUGAGAAUAAUGGAGAUAGCUUUCUACAUGCUUCAGUUUACAUGCCAAGUGCCCCUCCACUUAUGCUGGACAUGGAAGGAAACGGUUUUAUUGCUUAUCGGGAGAUCCUACAGGCAGAACCUCCCGAAUGGCUUCCAGAUAGUUCAGCAGCUGCUUGCAUGCAGUGCAAUGCUCCCUUCACGCCCCUAACUCGUGGCAGGCACCAUUGUAGAUUUUGUGGAGCUAUAUUCUGUAGAACUUGUACAAAAGGAAGAUGUUUGUUACCUGUUAAAUUCAGAGAGAGGAAACCACAGAGAGUGUGUGACUCCUGCUACGAGAGGUUGGAUCCAAUUCAAGGGGUCCUUAUUUACACAAUCAGCAAUGCUGUGCAGACUGCGAAGCAUGAUGUUAUUGAUUGGACUUGUAUGAGGGGAUGGUUAAAUAUGCCUGUGGGUUUAUCAAUGGAACAGGAAAUAUAUAAGGCCACUAAUGCUUUGAUAAGCUACUGGCAGGCUGCAAGAUUAGAUCCGGAAAAAUCAAUACCUUCUGCUGUCCUUAAAGGAGCUAGAGGGCUUGCUAUUAUAACAGUUGCAAAAGCUGGCAUGCUUCUUACUUACAAGCUUGGUACUGGUUUGGUUGUUGCUCGGAGGUCAGAUGGAUCCUGGUCAGCACCAUCUGCAAUACUUUCUUUAGGAUUAGGCUGGGGAGCACAGAUAGGGGGUGAGCUAACAGACUUCAUUAUUGUGCUUCAUGGUUCAAAAGCUGUGAAAACAUUCAGCAGCCGCAUGCAUUUUUCUUUGGGUGCUGGUAUGAGUGCUGCAGCUGGGCCUGUUGGUAGAGUGUUGGAAGCAGAUCUACGUGCUGGAGAUAGAGGAUCAGGCAUGUGUUACACUUACAGUUGCAGCAAAGGCGCUUUUGUUGGGAUUUCUCUUGAAGGCAACAUUGUCGUGACAAGAAUGGACACAAACUUGGAAUUCUAUGGCGAUCCAUAUCUUACUACAACUGAUAUACUCCUUGGAACCGUUGAUCAGCCGAAAGCAGCUGAACCACUAUAUUGUGCCCUGAAUAACAUCUACUCUAGAGUAGGAACUAAGAUGUUGGCGUUUACCUGAGUUUCAUUGUAUAUUCAUUACUACACUAGACCAACCUGUGCAUACCAUCUUGGAAUCUGAUCUCAGUAGCAAAGACAUCAUUGAUUACUCUACAAUUCAUCUCAUCCUGUCUGGUAUUUGAGCAAGCUGAUCUGUUAAAGCGCCCAUCUGUGGCCACCAAGUGGAAAUGUAUAUAUGUGUUUGUGAAGAAUAAAUCAGCAGUAAUUUAUUUGCUGGAUUGCAUAUUUUCA